AUGUCAAUCUCCGGCAAACAUCUGCGGAUCUACACUAUCAUCUUCGACAAUGGGAAUCCGGGCGAGGUUGGCCCGUUGGUGUAUGCGCAGAACCUGUCUCGGUAUGGAAGUGUGUGGAAAUCGGUAAUAACCAAGAGAGAAGAUGCUGCGGUGCUGCUAAGUGACGGGGAUAUGGUGGAACUGAGCCAGUUCACUUCCCUCACGUUUCGUGCAAGGGAGGCACCACAGGUGGUGCGGUUCAAAGACAGAUACAUAAUCUCGAAUAGGCUUCUGGGGUGUGGUGCGUAUGGAAAAGUCUACAUGGCUGUGAGCAUAAAAUACCGGAAGCAACUUGCCUGCAAAAUCAUCGACAUUGGCGGCUUGAAAAAACGGCUCUACUGUAUUAAAUUGCGGAAGCAUACUGAAUUGCGCGCCCCACGUCCUGCAGCUGAGGUUGAUGUCGAAGAGGAGAUGGAGAAAGUCAAAUACUGGGCUGAUAGGAGACGUGAGACCUUGGGCAUCGAGGCGAAACUUGAAAUUUAUCAGCGGGAAGUGGAUAUCUUGAAAGAUCUUGACCACCCGAAUAUCGUAAAACUGGAGCAAGUGAUCAUGGGUGAGAAAACUGUUUAUAUCUUCCAGGAACUGGUUACCGCAGGAGACCUAUUUUCGUUUCUCGAGUACAAAAAAUUUAACCUCUCUGAUUCGGAGGCGGCGGUAAUAGUGCGCCAAGUCGCAGUCGCCAUAAGCUAUCUUCACGGUAAAAACAUUGUGCAUCGUGACAUCAAGCCUGAUAACGUCUUGAUGACAUCGCUUUCGGACGGUGCGCGUGUUGUCCUGACAGAUUUUGGCUGUGCACGGCGCCUUGAGAAGGAGAGCAGCCGGAUGAAGACUUCAAUCGGGACACUUGAAUAUACUGCACCUGAGGUACCUCAAUCAGAGCCCCCCUGCAAAGGAAAAGGAUACACAAAGGCCGUGGAUAUGUGGUCGUUAGGCUGUCUCACAGUCGUCCUCCUAACGGGCGGGUCACCUUUCACCGAUCCCGAUACAGGCCAGUAUUGCCAAAAGAUGGCCCGAAACUGCGACCUCCGCAGCCUCGAGCAGGAAAAAGAUUGGCAACGCGUCGGCCUUCGCGCGAAGAGUUUCGUCCGCAAACUCCUCGUCCUCGACGAAAAUGUGCGCAUGACGGCCGACCAAGCCGUUUCACACAAGUGGUUCACAAACCCAGCGUAUAAGCGGGAGUUUGAGGACUUGUCGAGGCGAGCUGCGAUGCAAUGGAGGCCAAAAGAGCGCCAGGUCAUAUCCAAGGAGGAUAUCGAUGAUCACGCGAGCAGGAACAGCCUCACGUUUUGGAAAAAGUCGGACGACACACCUCUGGAAUGGCCGUAUAAACCGUAUCCGUACCAGGUUCAUGAAAUUCUUUACUCGCAGCAGUACCCAGCGAAAGAGCAGGGGAGGGAGGCGUUGCGGUGUGUAGAUAUAAAAAAAGAACGGAGGAUUUAUCCCUGUGGUGAUAUUCGGCCACAGGCGCCGCAGCGUGUCGGUUCAAUUACAUUUUCGCAGAUGGAAAUGGCUGAUACCCAUCGUAUCUCAACGCCAACUUCCUCAUCUUCAGAGAUGGGAGAAAAAGAUGUGAAUGGAGUUUGGGGGGGGGCCGGGACCGGGACCGGGGCAGGGGAAGUGGGUGCAAAUGCAAAAGAAGCGCAAGCGAUGGACUCUACAACGUUGAAGAAAUGCAUCUCCAAUCCUCCAAGUCGCAAUUACGAUGAUAACGGCAAUGACGCCGUGGAAGAAAUAGAUGGAUCCCGCCUGCGCAUGCCUUUCAGCCCAAAUGCAUGGAUCGAAGAACCCAAACAACCCUCCGAGCCCGAGCAGCAGCAGCAGCAGCAGCAGAAACACAAGCAGCGACAAUACCACCAACUACCAGAACCCAUCUCAGUCCUAACUCGCAGCACAAAGACGACGGAGUCACAACCACACCCACCCCUUCCACAGUCGGCGCAUACACUGUACUUCCAGCCAUUGAAAACGGGACCCAACGGCUUCACGCCCACCCGCAUGCCUAUGCCCAUCACUCACAACCAUCCAAACGACAACCGGAGACCGGUGACCAGGGGCAUGAAACCCCCAGAUCAGAAGGUGCGCACUUUCGUGAGCCUCGCGCGGGAAAUCCGCUUUAGCGAGAUUUCUUCUGGGGGAAGCGGGAAGGUUACCACGCCUGCUCUGGAUGGGAAUAACAGUGGAGGUGGCGAUGGUGAUGUUGAUGGGUGUGGCGAUGAUUAUUAUAAGAAAAGUCGAUCCUCUUCGUCACCUCCGCGGCCGCGGCAGCGUAGUCCGAGGAAGCGGAAUGGGGGCAAACGAAGCAUAUAUGACUUCCUAGAGGAUAGCGGAAGCGGAGGCGGAGCAGGGGAAGGAGAGAGGACGAGGUGUACGAGGAGAUCGAUGAUCAGAUUUCAGCAGAAGAAAGGGUUGUGUAUGGGGGAGUGGUGA